AGUCUAUAAAAACCAGAUGCGCCCCGAGAAAACCAUACAUUUUUUCUCUCAACCGCCGUCGUGAACACAUCUGUUGUUGCUCCUCUCUCCGUGCGGUAGUGUCGCCUGUGUGGAGUAACUAUUGGAUAAACAUUAACACACACACCACACACACACAACAACAAAUGAAAAACAGUUAAACAUGCUGAAACGGACACAUUAAACAAUCCCAAAAAAAAGUAUUAAUAAAAUGCAAUAUUAGUUAUAACUUACCACCACUAAAGGACUACAAAGUGCAAAAACCGAAAACAGUAGAACUAACUGUAAAUGAAGAGUGAAAAGUGAUCCAUCGAAAGAAAAUUGUGUUUUAGCAAUUUUUCGAAGAUAAAAAGAGACCCGCUUAAAGGGAAUCAAUAAUCAAUUUGAAAAUCCAAUAAAACAACACCAACAAAAUGCUCUGGGAAACGAUUGUGGAAGAAAGCAGCAGCAACAACUGCAGCCUCAACAACAUGGAUUGCAAUAUCAGCAAUUCGAGCAGCAAAAACAACAGCAGUCGCGCCCGCCGCUCUCUGGCCUGCAGCGAAAUGAUGGCCAUGGAGGAGCUGUCCUUCUACGACGAUGAUGUCCUGCCCGAACAGCGCGUGCCAAGUCCCGAGCUGAUGGGCCUGCUCUCGCCGGAGGGAUCGCCCCAGCACUUCCAUAUUGUGCGCCAGCAGAAAGCGCUGCCGGCGACAGCGGGAGAGGGCAGCUCAGCCGAGACGCCAGCUCGCGGCUUCCGCGUCUUCAACAGCCUCUCGUCCACCUGCUCGAUGGAGUCCAAUAUGGAUGAUGAGUACAUGGAGCUGUUCGAGAUGGAGUCGCUAGCGGGACAGCAGCCAAGCUCCCUGGGCUUCCCCAGCGGCCUCAAUUCGCUGAUCAGCGGCCAGAUCAAGGUGGCCUCGCCAGCCCGUCCCAUCAGAUCGCCCGCCCUGACCAUGCGCCGUCCCUCGGUCCGACGCUGCCUCAGCAUGACGGAGACGAAUAGCAAUCAGCUGCAGCAGCUCCAAACCCAACCAAAGACGCCCGAAAUUCUGAAAGAGACUGCCCGGGACUGCUUCAAGCGUCCCGAACCCCCUGCAUCGGCCAGCUGCUCGCCCAUUCAGAGCAAGCGCCACCGCUGCGCCGAGAAGGAGAACUGCCCCACACCCACCGCCACCGCACCACACAGCCACAGUGGCACCACCACGACAGUGAGCUCCCAUCCCCCACCGCUGCGCAAGUGCAUGUCGCUGAAUGACGCCGAGAUCAUGUCUGCGAUGGCCCGUUCUGAGAACCACAACGAGCCGGAGCUGAUCGGUGACUUCAGCAAGACGUACGCCCUGCCACUGAUGGAGGGACGCCACCGCGAUCUCAAGUCCAUAUCCAGCAGCACGGUGGCCCGCCUGCUGCGCGGUGAGUUUGACGGGGAUGUGGCCAGCUACCGUAUCAUCGACUGCCGCUACCCGUACGAGUUCGAAGGCGGCCACAUUGCGGGGGCCAAGAACCUGUACACCACCGAGCAGAUUCUCGAGGAGUUCCUCUCCGUGGCACAGACUGAGCUGCAACAGCAGCAGGCGGCCGAAGCCGGCCCCAAGCGCCACAUCAUCAUCUUCCACUGCGAGUUCUCCUCGGAGCGGGGCCCCAAGAUGUCGCGCUUCCUACGCAAUCUCGAUCGGGAGCGCAACACCAACGCCUACCCAGCCCUCCACUAUCCCGAGAUCUACCUGCUGCACAACGGCUACAAGGAGUUCUUCGAGACGCACAUUGAGCACUGCGAGCCGCACACCUACCGCCCCAUGCUGGACCCUGCCUACAACGAGGCGUAUCGUCACUUCAGGGCCAAGUCAAAGUCCUGGAACGGCGAUGGUCUCGGCGGUGCCACUGGGCGUCUCAAGAAGUCCCGCUCCCGUCUCAUGCUGUAAGGGAGGGGGCCGCAGUAUGGCUUUGAGUCGUUAUCAAUUUGGGUGUUAUCUGGGUAUUGUAUAUAAUAAUAGAGAUGGUCGCUCAUCUGGGGGAUAUUUAUUUCACACGCAGCAUUUUAAGUUGAUUUUUGUUGAUUUUCAUUUGUUAAUCUAUGGCUUAAGUUUAACCACCACCCCCCUCUGUCACACACACACACACGCAAACACAAAACUUUCGAUGUCACCCCUCAUUUUUAUUUAGUUGUCUAUUGUUUUUUAUGAAUUCGGCUUUAGUUCAAUUAUUUGUAGACCUUUAGUUCAAAUUUUAACGUAAAGAGCGGCGAAACAAACGCAGAAGCAAAAGCUCAAACGAACAAACAAACAAAAAAUGUGCAUUAUAAGCUAACGAAAAGAGGUAAAGCGAGAAACUGUCAUGUCAUUUAAAUUUAAGAGGCCGAAACAGAAUUUUAUACAUUGUAGAUGUCCUCACCCCCACACCCCACCAAACCACCCCAUCAGACUCCUUCAUCAAGUUUUAGAUGAUAAGCAGUAAGAAAUGGCUAAAAACACACACACACACACACACACACAUACGUUCAUCAAUCCAUGUUUAAAUGUUUAAGUAUGAUUAUAUAAGAGUUAAAGUUGCAAACUUUGACUAGGUACAAUUUACGCUUAUUAUUUGUUUAAUUUUAAAUAUACCUUAAUACUUAAUACAAGAAAAACGAAAACUGAACUGAAAA